AAGAUGAUAAAAAAGCAAUAAAGUAUGGAGAAGAUUGAAAAAGGCGAAAGCUUAGUCUCACUUGCUUGCUGCUACUUGGCUUCGUUCUGCUCAUUGAUGAACUUUACUGUAUUUCAAUUCAGUGAUGAUUGAAAAGACAACGAUUUCUCCAUUUCUCUCUUCCAGGAAAUUUCCCCAGAUUUCCUAUAACUAGUGUGGCAACUAGGAAGUAGAAACAGUUGGUUUUGCCCAAACGUGGACCUGAUAUUGCAGAACGUUAUUGGAUCAAUAUCUUACUUGUUUCAUCUUUAUUGAUCCCCUGGAGUGGAGCACAAUCUCAUGUAUUGAUCUCAACAUACUUUGUGCGGUAAUGUGGGUAAUGCGAACAAAAUGCUACCUCUUCUGGUGCUUUUUGUGCGGGAAUCUCUUCAUAGGUUCAUUGUCAGCUGCUGCAUCGCAGCGUAAGGGAGAACCUUUCGAAAGAGGAUUUUUUGACCAUUCUAUACCAUUUGGGAAUAUUGGAUCCAUAAAUAAUAUCACAACCCACAUCCAAGAGUCAAGUGUUACUGCUUCAAUAAACUUGGUGUCUUGUCAGGAUCUCGAAGGUGUUGGAUCAUUUGAUACCACCUGCUAUCUGAAUUCAAACCUGUACAUAAAUUCUGAUUUGUAUGUAUCAGGUUCUGGAAACUUGGAGAUACUUUCUCAAGUUUUAAUUGUUUGUCCGAUGGAAGGAUGCACCAUAAGUAUCAAUUUGUCUGGUAAUGUUAAUGUUGGCCAGGAUGCUGCCAUAAUAGCUGGUUCCAUUAUUCUUUCAUCUCUGACUCUGACUAUGGAGUCCAAUUCUUCUAUAAAUACAACAGCAUUGGGUGGAUCACCUCCUUCUCAGACCAGUGGCACACCAGUUGGCUAUGAAGGAACUGGUGGAGGGCAUGGUGGACGAGGUGCAUCAUGCCUGAAAGCCAAUCAAACAAAUGCUUGGGGUGGUGAUGUUUACGCUUGGUCAACUUUGUCGAAGCCAUGGUCUUAUGGAAGCAAGGGCAGUGGCACAUCUGUUGAGCAUAAGCUUGGAGGAAGUGGUGGAGGACGUGUUUUGCUUGAGGUUAAAGACUUAUUGCAUACAAAUGGAUCUAUAAGUUCGAAUGGUGGUGAUGGAGGCCCAGACGGAGGUGGAGGAUCUGGUGGAAGCAUCAUUAUUUUUGCUCAAAAGUUGAAGGGUAAUGGAAUGAUAAGUGCAGCUGGUGGAACUGGAUGGGGUGGUGGUGGUGGUGGAAGAAUUUCUCUAAAUUGCUACAGCAAGCAAGAAGAUGUAAAAGUCACUGUGCAUGGUGGUCAGAGUAUUGGGUGCCCUUGGAACGGUGGGGCUUCUGGUACUUACUUUGAUGACUACAUGUUAAGUCUACGGGUGGACAAUAAUAAUAUAACAACAGAAACAGAGACUCCUUUGCUAGAUUUUUCUACUACCCCCUUGUGGACAAAUGUAUACGUGGAGAACAAUGCAAAAGUUUUGGUUCCUCUACUUUGGACUAGAGUUCAGGUUAGAGGCCAAAUUAGCCUUCUAUGCGGGAGUAGUAUAGUCUUCGGGUUGUCUGAUUAUCCAGUAUCUGAAUUUGAGCUUGUUGCCGAGGAAUUACUAAUGAGUGGAUCCAUUAUAAAGGUUUAUGGUGCACUUAGAGUUGCUGUCAAGAUGUUACUCAUGCUGCAGUCACAAAUCCAAGUUGAUGGUGGAGAAAAGUCUGUUAUUACUACCUCAGUCCUUGAAGUGAGGAAUCUUGUUGUUCUAAAGGGAAGCUCUGUUAUCAGUUCAAAUGCAAAUUUGGCUUUAUAUGGUCAAGGGUACCUGGAAUUGACUGGUCAGGGUGAUGCAAUCAAAAGCCAACGACUUUCCUUGUCACUAUUCUAUAAUAUAACCGUUGGCCCAGAGUCUUUACUUCAAGCACCACUGGAUGAUUAUAACAGUAAAAGCAAGGUCACUGAAUCUCUCUGUGAUAAGUCAACCUGCCCUGUGGAUUUGAUAGCUCCACCAGAAGAUUGCCAUGCUAACUACACACUUUCAUUUUCUUUGCAAAUUUGUCGUGUUGAGGACAUUCUUAUAAAUGGCAUUGUCAAGGGUAGCAUCAUUCACAUUCACAGAGCAAGAAGUGUCAUUGUGGAUACUCGUGGCAUAAUAACUGCCUCAGCACUAGGAUGCAGCAAUGGCAUUGGUAACUACUCAAAUGGAGCAGGUGCUGGUGCUGGGCAUGGAGGAAGAGGUGGUUCCGGAUUCUGCAGUGGGAAUAUGAGUGAAGGUGGGCAGAAAUAUGGCAGAGCUGAUUUUCCAUGUGAAUUGGGCAGUGGAACUAAGAGUCCUGUCCAAUCCUAUGAACCAGUUGCUGGUGGGGGUAUAAUUGUUUUAGGUUCCAGUCUGUGGCCACUUUUAGCUCUAGAUGUUUUUGGAUCUGUGGAAGCUGAUGGCCAAAGCUGUAAUAAAGCGACGAGAAACAUAAAUGACUCUCUUAUUUGUGGACUUGGCGGAGGUUCUGGUGGUACUAUUCUCCUUUUUCUUCAUGCACUGGCGCUAAUGGGUAAUUCAUCUUUAUCUGUUGUUGGAGGCUCUGGUGGCCUCAUCGGCGGAGGUGGUGGGGGCGGUGGCAGAGUUCAUUUUCACUGGUCCAAGAUAAAUGAGGGCAUUGAUUAUGAGCCUCUUGCUACUUUAAAUGGAACCAUUGACAUUAGGAGGAGUUACCCAAUCACCUUGUCCAUACAAAUGUAUAUCGGACAAGUAUAGGAUGCCAAACUGCUAUACACCCUUGGAGGAGUUGAUAUAUACGUUUGGAGGACCCUGGCCUUUCUCAUUACUGCUAUCUUGCAUUGUGAUUAUCCUAUCAAUAUUGCUAAGUACAUUGAGAAAAAAGUUGAUAGGGCCUGGCUUUUCUCAUCAGACUUCAAAUUCAAUUAAUCAUCAUGGAAAUUACCAUUUCCCAUACCUCCUUUCGCUAUCAGAGGUCCGCGGUACGAAAAGUGAAGAAACUCAAAGCCAUGUUUAUAGGAUGUACUUUAUGGGUCCCAACACAUUUAGGGAACCCUGGCAUCUUCCUUACUCGCCGCCUGAUGCAAUUAUUGAGAUUGUGUAUGAAGAUGCAUUUAACAGAUUCAUUGAUGAGUUCAACUCUGUUGCUGCUUAUGAUUGGUGGGAAGGGUCUGUGCACAGCAUACUUGCUGUGCUUGCAUACCCUUGUGCAUGGUCCUGGAAGCAAUGGCGACGUAGGAAAAAAAUUCAUCGCCUUCAGGAGUAUGUCAAGUCUGAGUAUGAUCAUUCCUGUUUACGUUCUUGCCGCUCACGUGCCUUAUAUAAAGGAAUGAAGGUGUAAGCUUUAUCUCGGUACUUAACUUUCUGCACAUAUCUUGUUUAAAUUUUUUGUUCUGUGCUGGAAUUAUAGGGGCUUGGCAUGCAUUUUUCUCUUCAGGUUUUAUUCCUCCGUCCCAAAAAAAGUCUCGUUUCAAAACUUAUGAUCAAAGUACUCCGUACAAUGUAAGUUUUCACCAAAACAAAAAAUGUUCGAAGGG